AGAGAAAAGAACAAAAGAUGCUAUAUAUCUUACUCUCGAUCGAGACAAUAACAACUACAAUAAUAAUAACAACACGAAAUCCAUUAUUAUCAUUAUGUUGAUGUUUGCAAUGAAUUAUUUUCUAAUAUAAAUCGUUCGAAACGUAAUGUAGCAAUAAAGAAUUACUGAAGUGUACAACAUCGAAUCUCAGUGUGUGAAGCAAUUAAAAUCAACAGACUUUUCACUGAUAAUUUGUCCCUUCGGUCAGAGAUGCGACAACGAUUUCAAAACGCGCACAUGUAACUUAUCGUGUUCACGACCGUUUCGGAACGUCCUUUUUGUCGAGGCUCAAACGUUCGAGGACGUCAAAGCAAUAAACAGAACACUCUCGCAAUAACCAUCGAUUCUGGUUCGAAACCCAAACGCAAAGCCCUAAAACUCCAGACUUAAAGAAAAGGUCAUAUCGCGAUUUUCACCAGGUUGUCAAGAUGGAUGAAAGGGAAGGUGAUAAUCGUGCCAGAAGCGAAGACGACGACACGGACGAACCCGAAAAUAUGAUAAUAAACGAAAUAGAUGGUUUACCAAAUGUCCAUCCAAAGUAUGAACAACUGGAUUUGGAAUUGGAGAGCAAAAGAGAUGGCAUAAAACGUGAGCCUGGUACCUUGGAUGACAUAGUCAAUGACGAAGACUUACCAACUUCAGUAAUUGUGACCAAUCUUGAUCCUCGGGUAUUCAAAAGUGAUGAGAUAAAGGCUGAAUUGGAAGAACUUUUCAAGAAAUUCGGAGAAGACACAACAUUUCAGUAUUUUAGAUCGUUCAGAAGAAUGAGAGUUAAUUUCAGCUCGCCGGGUGCUGCUGCGCACGCUCGUAUUCAACUCCAUCAAGUUCAUUUUGGUGAAACUGACAUAAAUUGUUAUUUCGCCCAACCUGUGACGCCAAUAGAUGCUGAAGACAGACAUCUUCAACCCCCGGCGCUUACAAAACAGUUCCUAAUAUCGCCUCCGGCCUCGCCGCCUGUUGGUUGGGAACCUAGAGAGGAAGGAGAACCACUUGUCAAUCAUGAUCUUUUAGCAGCAAUUGCAAAUCUUGCACCAGGUUGCAGCCACGAAUUGCAUCCCCGUGGUUCUGACCAUCCAGGGAUAAUAGUUCACGUUUGCGAAAACGCCAACGUCGCCAAAGGCAGUCCUCGCAUACCACCAACUCGAUGCCCCGAUAACUAAAUCCAACGAUAACAAACUAACAAAAAAUAAUAAAAAAAACUCGAUUUUUCAUUUUGUCCAGUCAAGUGAUGAGGAAUUGCAUAGUCCAUCCAGUGAGAGAUACAUAUAUCUUAAAGAAACGAAGCGAGCGUGUCUUAAGAUGCCAAGAUUUUUGUGAUAUGCACACAUGUAUAUCGCGCAUAUACGUUGGUUUGUGAAAAUCGUGUUGCCAUGGCCUCUUCCGAGUUUUGCAUUGGUGUACGUUGUUCCGGGGGUCGCUGAUCAAACGAUAGAAAAAAUCUCAAAUCCAUCUCUACGUACAAUACUUCUAAUGAAUAUUGCAUGAAGUUUCUCGGUGUAAAAAUAAGAGAGCAAGAGGAGACUAUUGCUUGACUUUUCAUCGGUUCUCUCUGGCACUCUAGUUUGAAUUUAGCGAUUAUGAAAACUUGUAUCAGAGUCAGCCGGUUCUGGGUCUCGAUACUGAUCGCGAUUCAAUUUUUCGCUCUGUUAAGUGUAUAUGUGUGUGUGUGUGUGUAUGUGAGAGCGUGUGCAUGCGCGUGUACUUGCGUGUAAAAUAAAUUAGGCGAUUAAAUCAUGUGAAUAACUCGAAUUCUCUAUUCUCUAAAGUAGAGUAUUAAAAAAAAAUGUUGAAAUAUCUUGUUUCUUCAACCAUAAAAUCUAUAAAUGUUGUAUUCGUUCAUACUGUAGAACGAAUUUGAAAAAAAAAAAAAAAAAAAAACACCAAGGCAUUGAUGCUGUUAUACGCAUAUGGUAUUGGCCAAAACUACCACAUUUUCUCUGAACCAAAGUUUUUUAACAAUUAUCUCAACAACUCCAUUUCUAAGAUCAUUCAUUCAUUGAAUUUCAAUAACAGUAACGCCAAAAAUUAAUCAACAAUGAAUUAUUCAACGAAUUAUAUUUUCUUGUCUAUAAACCAAUUUCGAAGCUGCAAACAUUUUUCCUCGUUAAUAAAAUCUUAAUUGAAUUACAUUUUGGCUGGAAACAUACUUGUGAAAAGUGAUUUAGAACAUUGAAUGCUAGUCAAAGAGUCAGCUGAUAUAUCAAAAACAAAAAACACUAAUAACCGUGUGUGUGAAAUUCAAAACAAAAUAACAGUAAUAAAAUAUUUGUCGAACAAGAGCCAUUUACGAUGGUUCAGCACAACGAGUGCUAAAAUAAGCUGUAGCUAUUCACUCAACGAGAUAUUGUCGAAUAGGUGUAUCCAACAAAAAGUAUACUAUAUUUUGACGCUGUAAACAAAAUCUUUCAACUAUUAUUUUCGUACGCGUGUGGGUGUGGGUGUGUAGUUAAGCAUACAAAAAUGUAUGCGUACAAGAUAUGCACGUAAUUGACUCGCGAUAGGCCCAAUAGUAUUUAAAAAUUCUAUGGAUCCACCAAAUCGGAUUGUUGUUAUCGCCAAGAGCUAAAUAUAUAUAUAUACAUAUGUUCGUGUAAGAGGCGAUAUUUAAAUGUAAACCAGUUGAUGAAGCCUAUGAAUUUCAUGGGGAUAGCAAAAUAAGAGAAAUUGAUGAUUUGCCAGUUGUACAGCUCUGCCGUUAUGUUCGAUUCCCAUAUGGGAAAAUUGUAUCUUUUAUUGAAAAAAAAAAUAAUAAUUUCGUUGCGAGGUUGCACGGUUUCGGGAGCUAUAUUGUAUUUGUGUUAUUGUAUUAACGCCUAUUGAAAAAAUUCAGUUCUUUUUUAAUUCGCUGUUUCUCACUUAUAUUGGUACAAUAAUUAAACGAAUCAAAAUGUGA